UGCGCCAUACAUUUUGCAAAUUUACCUCAGAACCGACGUCUUUAAAGUACGCACCGGCCGGUCAGAAAUCCUCGGUGGCAUAAUGAGGUUUUGUCUUUGCGUUUAAAAAGAAAAGUUUUGACAGUUGACAGUUGAUGUGCGCGGGAAAAAUGGUUCGGUUUUCUAUGUGAAAACUUUUGAGUUCUUUAGUUUUUUUAACACAAUGGUCUAAUAAAGUGGUUAAAUUAUGGGAGUGUGGACAAUUUUGUUUGUAGAAAUGACUUUUGUUUUAAUUUUAUGCUCCAUUUUGCUGGCUGGAGGAGCUCAAACAUUAACUAUUGAUUCGCAACUAGGGACCUCCAUUGAAGACUGCUUUGAAAGAAUAUCAAUUGGUGAACAACUACCUUACAGCGCCAUCUAUCGUAACGUUUCGGAACUGACUACUAGAGAGUGCGAGCAGAUCUGCAAACAAGACAAGCAGUGCCAGAUCUAUGAUUACGGGGUCGGCGCUAAAGGCAACGCAACAUGCAAUCUCAGCAAACUAUCCGAUAAAGAAUUAAAAGACUUAAAACUUAGGAAGCAUCCCGACUACGACAUUUUCACACGUCGAAUUCAAUGCGAACAGUCUCCCCCCUCCCCCCAACCCCAGUACGACGAGCCAUUAGACCCAUCAGCUGUUAACAAUGACGGACCAGUCCAUAGACCCGUCUUCAGACCAGUCGAAGAUGAGCCAAGAAGGCCGGAAGACCAACAUCCUUUAGCCGAUGACAUACAAAGACCUCAUGGAGUGAGGCCAUACGAUGCCGUCAGGCCUGGGAGACCACAUAAUGAUUACUAUAAACCCUACAGCCAAAGACCUCAGCCGUAUCCGGUUAACAACCACUUAGAUGAUAGACCAGAUGAUUAUGGAAACCAGAAACCAGAUUUGGAUCAAAAUUUAGGGUAUGGACCGCACAGACCUCAGGAUAUUCCGUUUCAGCCAGAACGGCCUCUAAGACCACCACCUCCGAUGCAUGAUUUAAGACCCAAACCUGAUCCUUAUGACGUUUUAAACUUUCAAGACCCAUAUAUUAGACCUCCAGGUCAUCGACCAGGGCUAUGGCGACCAGAUCCGUACUUUCCACCAUCACCUGAAGACGAUAUUCAUGACAUUUAUGGACCAAAACCACCAAGGCCUAAUGACUUCCCAGAUAGACCAUUAAGACCUAUCGAAGAGAAACCAGAAUACCAUUACAUUGUGAGGCCGAAUAGGAGACCACCUAUUCCAAGACCCCAGGAAGAAUUUGGAUAUAGACCUAUGAUGCCGUACGGAGGGUAUCCUCCUCCUAAUUUUGAUUCUGGCUACGGUCAAAAUGAUCCAAGGCCUCCAAUGAGACCUAUUGGGCCUCCUAGCCCACCUGUACGACCGGGCAUAAUAUCAUCAUACGAUGACUUCCAUAAUCAACCAGCACGACCUAGCUAUAACUACAACAGUCAAUACGCAAGUGGUUACGGUCAAAAUUCGCACUACGACCAGGGAAAUUCUAUAUAUUUGCAAAUACGGGAUCCACCUCCUAGGCCUCAUAAACCAGUAGAAAAGCCGUUAGCUGAUAAACCAAGUUCAGGGUAUGGUGGUCAAAAUGGUUAUGGGAGCCCCCCGCAAGAUAAUUAUGGACAAGGAAGUCACAGUCAUUAUGGUCAUACUGCUGAACAUUCUCACAACCAUUAUGUAGCGUCAAGCCAAAGUAGUGGUGGAUAUGGACAAGAGAUCACACACAAUUCUGGGUACGGGAACAAUGAUAAUUAUGAUCAUAACCAAUACAAUAGACCACCUCAAGAUCCCAUUGAGUAUCGUCCACCAAAACCGGCUCCCCAAAAACCUUCUUAUGGGAGCCAAAGUACUUAUGGAGAAAAUAGUCAAAAUGAGUAUUUUGGACAAAAUAAUUACGGUGAAAGUUCACAAAACGGCUAUGAGCAAUCGGGAUACAAACCUCAGAAACCUCACGAUCCUUAUGUGAAGCCUUCUGUCGCCCCCCAACAUAGCUAUGGGAAUGCACCUCCUGAAGAAUACGAGAGCUCUUACGGUUCCAGUAAUCAAGGCUAUGGAAGUCAAAAUCCAAUAACUACAAACCAAGGAUCCUAUGGAAGCCAUCAAAUAUCUAGCCAAUCAAGCUAUGGGUCCAGUUCUUAUGGCAGCCAAUCCAGCCAUUACGGACAAAGACCUUCAGACCCCAACUAUGACAGACCAGAUCAACCUUACGGCAACGAACCAGCUUUCGAAGAUGGUGGAUACAAAAACAACCGGCCAACCACCACACUGAAACCAGCUUACACAAAACCACUGAAACCAAAACCUAAACCUGUCUACGGUGAACGACCAGACCCAACAGAAAAACCCGGGUAUGGCAACGCCAAACCUGACAUAGAUGAGCCUGGUUACGGAAAACCCAUUCCAGUAAAUGUUAAACCAUCUUAUGGUAAUCCAAGACCUGUAGACAAACCUUACGAGACUGAAAGACCAGAAAGACCAUUGUAUACAAAUGUCAGUUCAGGUUAUGAUGGUCCAGAUGUGAGGCCAGUGUACGAGUAUGACCUAGAUAGGCCUAUAGAUGUUCCCAGUUACAUAGUGAGGCCUAAUGGCCAAGUGAUAACGUCCAGGCCAGUAGCAGUUGGUGAUUAUGGUGAAAGGGAACCAGCUUACGGUGUUGGGAGGAAUCCUGGACAUCGGGCGAAUUAUGAAGCAUGUUUCCGCCGCGUCCUGGCCGGCAAGAGAGCCCUGCGCAGCCACGUGCGGCGCGUGGUGCCCUGCGAGCAGCUGGAGCAGUGUCGGAGAGAGUGCGCCACGGAGAGGAGCUUCCACUGCGAGAGCUUCAAUUACAAGUUGGACAACUCAUUCCGCGGCAAAGGCCUCUGCGAGCUCAUGACGAAACCCAUCGAAGCCUUCGACUUACAACGAGACUUCGUCGAAGACAAAGACUUCGAUUUCUUCGAACUUGACCGAAACAGCCUUGAACCUGAUUGCCAAGAAACGCUCAGAGGCGCUGGAAUGCUGCAUUCUGGUUACCUCUCUUCAAAGCCAAAUCAUAUACCAGGCCAUGUACCAGGACAUCAGAAAUGGGACAGAUACGAUAAGCCAGAUAAUCGAAUACCAGGACACCAUGAUCGAUUUGAUGGUCAUGUGACAGGAGGUCACAUGGAGUAUGAUAGAGGCUACGAUAGGAGAAGACCAAUGGACCACGGGCAUAGAAGAAAGUAUGGCGACUAUGUUCCUUAUCAAAUUGGCCUAGCCCGAAGCAGUGAAGACGAUGAAUCUUGGGGUCAAUACGGAGGGUCCUACGGAGGUUCUAAGACCUAUUACAAAGACCGAAGUGACUUCCAAACCUCGCUCAACCACUGGCGCCUUAGUACCCCAAAAUACCAUACGACAGAAUACGCUCCAACUGUGCAAGACUUUGACUAUAACAAUCUAGGGAACAGAAAACAUGAAGGCCAUUUUGACUAUGGACAUUGGAGACGAACACAUAGCAAUAGGAGUGAAGAAAGACCAGGGUUGACAUACGGAGAGUCCAAUUACUACAGGCCAAGGCCUACGAAGUAUUAUCCUGUAGAAAGAAGCGAUGAGCCUAAAGAUUGCACUCCAAAGCGACGGCCAGGCAUGUCUCUGGGGUCAGGGGCCAUCAGACGGUCACUACGAGCUCGCAACGUAGUGGCGUGCGAGACCGCUUGCUUCAACGAGAAGGAGUUUAAAUGUGUUUCUUAUAGUUAUCGAUACUCCACAUCCCACGGGUCCGACAACUGCUUCCUGAGCGAGCGUCCGUACCGCGGCGCGGAGCUGGCGUCGGACAGCGACUCGGACGUCUACGCCAUGCCAGUGGACCAGGGCUGCGUCAGCGUCACGCCUAAACCCUGGAUUGAGAGCGAAUGCUUCUGGCACGUGCGUUCAGAAGCCGCAGUGAGUGGUGCAGCGGUGAAGGCGUCGCUGACGGUGGCCGGGCUGGGUGCCUGCGAGGCGGAAUGCAUCCGGGCUAGCGGGUUCUUCUGCAGGGGGUUUAGUUUUAGAUACGACGCUCCAAAAGCCAACGACGAUCUCGAGAACUGCCUCCUAACCUCUUCACCGCCGACCUCACUGGAACCUGACUCGGGCCUGAGCGUCGCUCCAGGUCACGAGAUGUACUCCCGAGGGAACUACGGGAGAGGGUGCGAGCCAGCGCUCUAUGACCAUUCGAGGGAGACUGAGAAACACUGCUACCUUCAAUACGACAAGGCGGCGAAGCUGAUUGGUCCAUCCAUCAAGGGCCACGCCCACGCCAAGGACCAGGAGGACUGCGGCAGAACUUGCACUAAUGCUCCUUUCAAGUGCUUGAGCUACUCGUUUAAUUCAGCUGCAACAGAGGGAGACAACUGCCUCAUGUCAGAAGUGCGUCUCUUCGAUCUGCAACGAGGGGUGGACUACGAGCAUUCACGGGAUGACGCUCUGUUUGCCACCGACUUGUUUAAUACUGAGUGUACACACACGCAUACACUUGACAGUUCCCACGAGCUGCCCCGGCCACUCUCCCCUCCACCUACCGACGACCACCACCACCCCCCGCGCCCCGCGCCCUCCGGGGCCGGGUACCUGCCCACUGGCCCGGUUGGACCGGAGUAUGGUGGUCAUGGUGGUAGACCUUCAGGUCCAUCCUACAUCCCUGACUCCGGCCCGCCCAGCGCGCCAAGCUACAAGCCGACUGGCCUGCCAAGCGGACACUACAAACCCUCUGGUCCGCCAGACCAUUACCCGUCUGGCCCGCCAGAGACCGGCCCCGGGUACAAACCACCAUACCCGCCAGCGUACAAACCGUACCCUUCUGAUCCUAGUGGUCCGAGUUAUCCAGAUUAUAGACCUACUGCGUUGAAACCUGGUUAUCCUGGGGAACCUUAUCUGCCAGGACCUUCGGCUCCAGGAUACAGACCAAGCAGCUAUUUACCUGAGCCAAGCACAGGAUACUCUGGGCCCAGUGGCCCAGCCUACAAGCCAAGCCACACUGGGUCAGAAUACCGACCUGAUCCAGUUCCAAGACCUGGUUAUCCAGGACCAGACUAUAGGCCAGACCCAGUGUUGAAACCUGGCUAUCCAGGACCAGAUUUGCGACCAGACCCAGGGUAUAAACCUGGCUUUGUGCCGUCUAUUCCUUCUGGGCCACCUGCUAGUGGGUAUGGAAGACCUACAGAUGUCAGUGUAAGGCCUGAGAGACCUGGGCCAGGGUAUUUUGGUGAAAGAGAGGAGGGGCCUAUAGCCCAAUCCUGGCGUCACUACACGGUGUCAGGCCUGCCCUGCCGGCGUGGGACGACCUGCGCGCAGAACGCCAUCGGGGGGCACUGGGCUUGCGAGCCUGAAGGGGGGGAGAUUGGUUCCUGGGACUACUGCUGCGCCCCAACCCACCGUUGCGGCUACAGCGAGGGCUUCCACAAGCCGUGGUGCUUCGUCGGCAGAGAGCGGGAGCAGUGGAGGCCCUGCAGCGACAAGUACUAUCCGUACCACCAGCACAGCGGGCCGCACCCUUCACUGCAAGGGGACCGAGGUUUGGGAACCACAAUGUUUUGUGAAGCUAGAAUUAUUAGGGCUAAGUUUGAGGACCCUAAAGUUGUGGCUUAUACCCACCGUUGCGGCUACAGUGAGGGCUUCCACAAGCCGUGGUGCUUCGUCGGCAGAGAGCGGGAGCAGUGGAGGCCCUGCAGCGACAAGUACUACCCGUACCACCAGCACAGCGGGCCGCACCCUUCACUGCAAGCGGACCGAGAGCCAGGUCCAAGGCCAGCCCCCAGCUAUGGACCUCCCCCUGCCCCACCAUCCACUUCGUACGGGAGACCUCCCCACAGCUCCUACCCAGACGCAGGUCCACCUGCUAGAAGACCAGUAGGUCCCCCCGGCCCGUACUUGCCAGAAGCAGAUCGCAGAUAUUGGGACAACCUGUACAGGGAUGGCCCACAGGCCUACUACGAUAAAUACGGAAACCCUUUGCCAGGCUACGUCCGCGUGCCCACAGCCGACCGUCCCCACAUCAAGUACCAGCACAGAUACCCGCCGACUGGAGGCCCGGGCUGGGAGCCCGUGUCCGGCCCUGAUGAUGGACUGGACCCACCUAUGCCGGGGGGGUUGGGGGCACCGAGAUACUGGCCAGUAGCCUACUUGCACAAAGGCCCACCUCCGAACAUGACCUACUUCAGGUUCAACGAAACCCAAAAUAAUAAUAAAGUUAAUAACAACAAUCGAAUCAACCAACAAGAUAAUAGAACCCCAAUAUCACCACCGAAAGAGACUCCAGCACCAGAUUUCAACAAACCCAAAGAUGAAAAAGACAAAAUAGGUGAUAAACCCGAAGGUAGGAAAGAAAAAACAAUCAAUGGCAAAGACAUUUUGAACAUAAACUACGUUGAAAUCAAACCAGGUAAUGCAACUUCUAAUACUACACCUAAAAUCGAAAUCAAAGAAGAAGCAAAAGAUGCAAAAGAUAAUAUUUUGAAAACCAAUAAUUCAGAAGUAGUUAUAUCCCCGCUUAAAGUUGAAGAAAGCGUUGAAGUAAAGGGAUCUAAUGAAAGUGAUGAAAUCAAAGGGAUUGAUGGGAAACUUGAUGACUUUACAGGUUCUCUUGAAGUAAUCGACUUGGAAGAACCUAAGGGAGAUGGAAAACCAUCCGAUUUGAAAACUUUGGAAGCUGAAGAAGCUCAAAUAGCUGCUAUAGGCCGUUUCAUAGCAUCGCAACGCGGUGGUAAACUAGUCCUAGAAAAACGAUCACAGAAAGAAUUAGAAGCUAAAAAAGUUGCCGUCGACGAACAUUUGGUUGAAGAUUUCAACUUCGGUAAUAGAUUUGCUACCUCGGAACGAAAAGGAAAGGUGCAGAAAAUAACAAAAGAAGAGAUUGAAAAAGAACGUGAACUGGCUAAUGACAAGAGUCUAGAAGUAAGUGAAACUACGUUUGUUAGACCACCUAGAGUUUUAAGCACUUUGAAUUCACAGGAUAAUGUCAGAAAAACUAUGGUCAAUGGUAAAGUUUUUUACGAUGCAACAGUACGGGAGCAAAGAGAUCUAUUCCCAACUAAUAACACUAGAAAGAGCCAUAACAGAAGCUCAAAUAUUAGAGCUUUGGAUGAUAUGAAAGCGCCUUCGAUACUUGCGAAUACAACCUAUGGAAAGAAAAAAACUAUAAGGGCUAGAAAUGUGAACCCUGUUAGAAGAGUAAGGAGGAUUUAUAGAAAGAGAUAUAACCCAGAGGAAGUGAGAAGGAGGUUGUUAGAAAGAGAGAGAAGUAUGAAACAAGAUGUCGAUUCUGCUAAACAGAAAGCUUAGAGUGUUCUUUAAUGAUAUUUUAAUAAAACUUAUUUUUUUUUUCUCAAUUUUAUAAGUAAAUAGGCUCUUGAUAGGUAUAAAUGGAUUCGUGGAUAAAAUAUUGUCAGUUUAACUUAAAGAUAAUUUGUUUUUGCGUUAAAUUGACGAUGCGGUUUACUAAUAAAAUAAAAUUAUAAUUAAAUUAGGUACUCUUAAAAUUCGUAAAUUCGAUACACUUAGUUAAGAUUUAUUUCUCAAUUUAUCAUAAGUUAUAUCAUUCUUAAAUAUGAUUAUGGAUAGAUAUAUAAUUAUACAACCUACAAUAAGUUACCAUUAGAGAAUAAGUAGUUUAUUUUUAUAAUCUAACUUACACUGCUAUUUAUAACUGUACUUUUACGGAAUAAAAUAGUAAU